AUGCAUUCCAGAAGUAUCCAGGAUCCAAAUUGGUUAGAGGAUGAGCAGAUCAUAUCAAAUGAUCAGGGUAUGGAAGGUGUUAAAUCUCAAGCGAUAACUACUAAUAUUAGCUCAGACAGGGUAUCAUUUAAAGAAAUUGUUACUAACUCCUCUCAAUGGUUCUCUGAAGCCAAAGCAGUUUAUCUCAAUUCCAUGGAAUGGGAUGAACCUGAGAUUGAAUCCCCUGCUGGGGAGAAUGUUGUUCAAUUUUCUAAAGAAAAGCUAGCCCAACUCCGUAAGCCAUGGGGCCUCGCGCUUAUGGGGAAAUGUUUUGGAAUUGCAGUUAGGCCUUCUUUUAUGACUCAAAAGGUAAGGUCUAUUUGGAAACCCCGAGGUUCAUUGGAGGUGAUUGAUCUAGGCAAAGAAACUUACUUGUUUAGAUUUGGUCUGCAAGAUAAUUAUGAGAAGGCCUUAUUUGGAGGUCCAUGGUAUAUACUUGAUCAUUAUCUCAUGUUAACUCAAUGGCAACCGAACUUCAGACCUACUUAUAAUCCAUUCAAUAAGCUGGCGCUUUGGAUUCAUCUACCAGAAUUGCCUGUUGAAUACUAUGACAAAGAAGCCUUAUUUACUAUAGCAAGUAAGCUUGGUAAACCAAUUCGUGAGGAUUAUGCUACAAAUCACAUCACGAGAGCACGAUAUGCUAGAGUCUGUGUUGAAAUCAAUCUAACAAAACCUAUCUUAUCAAAAGUAUGGAUAGGUAACCAAUGGCAGGUAAUCCUUUACGAAAAUCUUCAUUCCUUAUGUUUCCAUUGUGGUCGCAUAGGACAUCAGAAAAAUCAGUGCAUUGAGUUCAAAGGAAAAGCUCCUAUGGAACAUUCGGAUCAACAAGAGGCAAGGAAAAAGAAUGAAACAUAUGGCAUGCAGAGAAAGUAUUCCAUGAAAAUACUCCAAGUGCCUCAAAUGAAAAUCUGCAUGGAAUGA